UGUAGAACAAGGAGGCUUAUACGUUUAAUCCUAUAGAUACGUGCGGGUCUAUUGUUACCGACCUGACUAGUUGUCCGUGAGGGAUUGGAGUUAUGUGGGCCUGAUAUCACAUUUACCACUUCUUUGAAAAUGGACAGUAUCCAGCGACAUAUUCUACAGAACCACUGCUUGUAUCAGAAAAGUUGGGUAGAAGAACCUAAAGCCAAUACUUAUGCAAACACUCCUCAGAAAUCGAGAAAGACACCUAGGACAUCCAAAAGUCAGAUCCAUGGAUCCAACGCUAGCCUGGAUAUACUCCGGAAAUAUGACGCGAGAAUACCAACCUCACGUGCGUCCAUGGAAUCCUUCUACAAUGGGCCGGACCUAGACGAUGACACACUCAAAAGCCGCAACAACAAGCGCCUUAACCAUCUAAUAAGGUCUGAGGCGCCGGACUCGUCUUCGAAUGCUUUGAUCAGUUCGUCAGUAAAUUUUGACCGGAAGUCCACUCGACCCCAAAGUCUGCCCACCUUCUUCCAAGACAGUGAGAAAGACGUGUUAUCAAGUUAUCAGCAACUUGAGAGCAGACGUCAACAGCGCGUCAAUAGACGCAAACCUUGGACAGAGUCCAGCCUAGCCGGGUCGCACACCAAAGACUACGACUCAGCGUUCUUCUACGAUGCAUACUUACCGGAAGAUAUCGAGAAAAAUGACCUGAAAAAGAAAAGCCGGAAAUUCGUCACUAACUCAAAAUACGGAAAUGUUUACGAACUAAGAAACAAUAAACAGAAGCCGAAACUUCGGACUCCGCCUUUAGGUACAUGGCUCUGGGAAGAUGACUUCAAUAUUUGGUUAUACAACAAAAUGACGUCAUCGGCGCCUGCACCGUCAGUUUCUCAGCAUGAUCCAAAAUUGUCAUCAAAUGCCAAGGGUUCCAUGUCGUGGCGGUCUGACACUGACCGGACAACCACCAAGACCUAUAAAAACUACCAGUCUACACCGAGGCGUGAUCGCAAUGGCGAUAAACCACAUGCCGAUUUAUUUGCACACUACCACUCCUAUCGACUAGAGAAGCAGAGGAGACGUGACGCCUGUCUACUCAUACAAAAAGUGUUCCGGGGAUGGAGAGUUAGGAAUCGAUUUUCUCAACUCAAACGGAAGGCGGUGCUAGAACACGGGACGCCGUGGCAGAAGUUUGUCACAGAAUACAAAGAGUUGAUCAUCCGUAUCCAGGCCAGAUAUGGUGAGCUAAGGGGUCAAUGUGGCAUCGACCUCAAGGAAAUGGAGGAAUUCAUGGAUCAAAAAUUUAAAUAUGAACGUGCAUUCGACGAUACAGCAUACGGGGCUAAAUUGAUGAAGCAAGACUUGGUGACUUUUUUCAGCGAGUGCAAGCUAUCUCCAACAAAUAAGGAGUUGUCCAGUUCAUUCGACAGUGUCUUCAGGGGCACUGGAACCACAGCAGAAGUAGUGUUCGUCUUAGACUCCUCUUCAAGUAUUGGCACUUGUGGCUUCCGGUUUCUGACGACAUUUGUCAAAGAUGUCGUGUCUUCCUUUGACAUAGGACCAGAGCGCGUCCGAGUUGGCGUCAUACCUUACAACGACGCCAUAUACAACUCAUUCGGGUUCACGAAGCAUCCAAGCAAACGGGGAAUCGUCAGCGCCAUAGAUGAACUAGAGGCCAGAAGUGGAGUGACGCGGACAGAUCUGGCCCUAAAAAAGAUGUCCCACAUGAUGUUGUCCGCCAGACCAGGUGUACAGAGAAUAGGAAUAGUGAUAACAGACGGACGGUCAUCCAACCCCGAGCACACCCGACUAGCUGCCCAGGCCGCACACAACGACAACAUUACUGUGUUCUCCAUUGGUGUUGGUGAAGGUUACGAUAAGGAUGAGCUAGAGGCCAUAGCGUCAUCAAACGAAAACGUCUUCACGGUAGUCGACUACAACGCUUUAAAGACGAUAAAGGAGAAGCUUGCAAGGAAAACAUGUCUAGCUUCAUGCAUCCUCUGUCAGCAAAUCCUACCCCGGAUCAGAGACAUGGGACUGUACAAAUCGGAGGUUCUGGAGCUAGCUUGGACCUUGUAUCCCCCUCCCGGGUGUGAAAUCGGGUACUUGAGGACACUAUCGUCCAACGUUAUGUGCGAUGUGUCAUCUGAUCUCUACCAUGCCUCUAACGAGGAGGAACUGGAUGCGACGGACAUUAAAACAUGUUUGAGGGUGGUCAUCCAGGCCAAGUUGGAGCGACAGGGAUUCAUUUACCUCCCAGCAAAAGAGAAGUACAGUGUUGAGAAAGUCACAAACGCCGAGGACGCAAUUAAGAUAACGGAAGAGUGGAUGAAAACAGAAGGUGCGCAAGAAAAGUUGGGCAAGAAAAAGGACAACAGUUUCACAAAAUGGCUCAAGUAAACAUGCUACUGUUAUAAGACAUGUUUUGAGAACGUUUAAAGUGCAUGGCCGCAUUGACAUUUAAAGGUUAUGCCCACUACAAAAUGGUUGAAGUUGUGUCAACGUUUUGUCUUGAAGAUUUAUAGUGACCUUACUUACCCAGCUCAAAUAAAUAAUUUUACUACAAAAUAACGAAAUAUUUCUAACGAAACUCAAUCGCAUUAAGUGACCACGUUAAAUCAAUUUUAGUACAUUGUAUUUAGCAUUCCGUAACAAGUUGUUUCGUUCUCCAUUCCUAUCGUUUUUUGUGAUUUGUUUAUCAUGUUUGGCGAAAAUAUUCACUGAUGUUUUAUUUCAUUUCGUGUCUCUUUAUCACGUCGUAGACACAUUUUAAAUAGACGAUUCCCUAUGUGAUCUUUGUGACACAAAUCAUAUUUUCUUGGCAAUGAUGAAAUUGAUUAUGAAUAUAUUCUGUUUUGAUGUGAAAAAACUUUGUUUCAUCAGUGUUACUUUUGUUUAAAUACAAGAAACGUUUAUAUGCAUUGUACAUAUGAAUACAGUAAAUCGAAAAUUAUUUUUCCCAGAAUCCACCAUUAAAAGGUGUUACUAUUUUUGCGCGUCCAAUUUCUACAGAUUUGUAACACGUAGCGACUGAUUUUAUCGGAUUAAGUUAGUGUUGUCUCAUCUUUACAAUAUUAAGUUUUAAAUAUUCUGUUCUCCUGCAUUCAACAAACCCGUACUGAUAAUUAUGGCGUGUAUGGUAGUCGGAUAUAUUACUCAAAAAUACGUAACAUCAAACUGCUUUAGACAUGCAUUCAUAUUAAAUAUAAAUGCCAACUGAAUAGCAGAUAACGUCUAUGUAUAGGUUGAUGAUACACAUCAAUCAUUGCAUCCUCAGAAUAUAGAAUGUUACGAUGAUCAAGAAACAAAACUUCUGUUGUGAAUCUUCUUUUUCGUUAGUUCAUUUUUCACGGAUUAACACCAUUUUGUUGUGCAACAUUCGUGAGAUUAUUUUUUCGUGGUUUUACGUAAUGUUUAUAAGAUUAGAAGCUUAACUUUCUUUCAGAAACGAACAAUAUUUCCAAUGGAUAUUAGGCGGAAAUAUAUCGACCCUGAAAAUAACGAUUGUUAUAGCAAAACUAAAAAUGGAAGCAUAACAUUCUAUCUAAGAUAUUGUUUGAAGUAACUCGCAGUUAAAUAAUUACAAAACAGUUCGAGAUGAAAAUAAAAAGUGAAGGAGAUAUAUAAAUUUGGAAAGCUGUUCCAAAACUUUGUACCGUAAGGGUAUAUCUUACAUUUUUAAAUUUUGUAAAAAAUCUUUAGAUAUUCGAUAUUUUCUUUCUGUCGCUUUACGUGAAUGUUAUCCAUUCGAACUAAUUAAAUGUACAUUGAUCUACAAUCUGUAUUUAUACCGUAAAUGCAUUAGGGAAAAAAUGUGAUGUUGUUACACGAUUCCAACUUCUGUGAUAAAAUAUGUUGAUAUUAUAUCUUAUGCAAAAAUCUAUAUUUCAGCAAAUAAUGAAUAAUGUCUUCAUAACGUUCUUUAUUUCUGUUCUUAUUUUCAUUAGUUCCGUGAUUAUACAGCUACAUUUAAUCCCACUUAUUCUGCUACAUUAUAUCCAAUUCUUCCUUUCCUAGACCUGUGCCAAGCGUAAUAAAACCUACUUGUCAUGGCACGAGUUUCGAGCGCGUCCAUUAACGUAUUGUUUUACCUAAAGGAUUUCUAUUAGAAAGUGCUUUCCUUAACUCAAGGUUUAUUCAAAACUCUAACAAUGUGAUUUUCAAUUAAACAAUUCUACGUCCAGGAAUUUCCUGAAGUUCAGAAAUGUUUGUGGAACUACAUGUAAUUCUUUGAUUUGUUGAUAGAGUGCAACUGUUUUACUUUCACAUCAAAUCUUAUUGAUUACUCAGUUUGAGCAAUUGUUUCAUUAUUUUCAACAUAUUUUCCUCGCUACCUUCUAUUCCGUACAUCAGUUAUUAUUACGCCCUGUGUUACUUUAGAAUAAUUACCAAUGGCAUUAUUAAACACUGCAGCAUUCGUGCUGUUGUAUUUGCUACUGAAAAAAAUACUUAAUUCUGCAACAAUUCUACAAUUUUAUAUCAAAUAUAUAUUUCAAGACAUUCUCUUAACUUUAUUAUACAUAUACGGAUCAUUGCCGUUGAAAAGUGAAGUUUCGUUUAAAAUGCAGAAAUAUUUUUUUGGAAGAUAAUAAUCCCAAGGUGUUUGGUUUCGGAAUUUUGAGUAUUGUAUAUAUGCAGUCGUUUCGGUUAAAAUUAAUGUGUAUAUAUAUGGGCAUAACAUAUAUUACGAAAUCUUUAUAACAUUGAGGGUAUCAAUGUUAAUACAGUACAAUGUGUAUAAACACUAGAUAUUAAGUGUUGCUGUUUUGUACUUAUGUGUAUACGAUAAAUUCAUAGCUCAUCAACUUAUCUCCAGUUGUAUUUAAAUCUUGAUCUUUACUUGAGCCAACUUGAUUAAGAUGUGAUACUAUUUGGAUUUACUUUUUACGGACAAUGAAAUAUGUAAUAUAGAGAAACGAAAGUAAAUAAAAGCGAUCUAUCCAUCUACUUUGUACAUUUGUUAAUAUAUUUUAUGUUGAACUGUUUUUCUUCUUUUAUGCUGAUAAAACAGCAGGUUUUUGAUCAUAUUAAGUUAUUUGUUUAUUGUUAUAUUUGUUGCUAUUUUUCUUAAAACACAUUAAAUGCAAUAUC